AUGGCGGCGGCGGCGCGCGGCGGAGCAGCGUCGCUGCGGAUUCUUCGAGCUAAAUACACUUCGUCGGUAAAUGAAGGCCGCCGCCGUUGCCGGUUUGCGCGGCUUCUCAACAUUCAACAACGCGAUUCUUCUUCUUCUUCUUCUUCUUCCUCCGCUUCAUCAACCGAAAUCCCUCUGCUCCAGAAGCUUCUCAAAGCGCCGCUUUCAACAAUCAAAUCAACCCUCGAUUCCGAGUUCAGCUCCGACUCGGCCGAGUUCCCCUCCGCCGCCCUGCUUUCCUCCCUCCAUACAUCCGCUCCACAGAAGGCUAAUCUGAUUAUCGAAUGGAAACUAGAGAAACUGAGAAACGACGAUGCAAAUUCGAAAGAUCUCACUCGUUAUGCUCGAUUGAUAUCGUUGUGUGAGAGCAUCAAAAACCUAGAUGUAGCAAUGCUUGUGUUUUCAUCAAUGGAGGAGCAAGGAAUCAGGCCAACCUCCUCAGUUUUCAAUGCCCUAAUAUCUACGAGCUUAUCUUCGGGUAAUUUGAUGACAGCAUUGAGCUUAUUCGAGAUCAUGGAGGCCUCGGAGAGCUACAAACCCGAUGCAAACAGCUACAACGCCUUCAUCUCCGCGUAUGCAAGCAGGGGAAACAAGACUACAGCCGAAGAUUGGUUGAAGGCUAAGACGGCAUCCGGAUUUCCUGCUGAUGCUCGGACGUAUGGCUUCCUCGUGCGUUGUUGCAUCAAAUCUAGGGCCUUUGAGGAUGCUCGGAGGUAUUUUGAGGAGAUGACGUUUGAAGGCCUAGUGCCCGAUGAAUCGGUUGCUCAAGACGUGCUGAUGAUGUACUGCCAGCUGAGGGACUCUCGUAAGGUGAAGGAAGUUUCGGAGUUUGUCUUGAAACACGGGGGGCGGAUUGAUCGGAUUGUGUGGAAGAAGGUUGUGGAUUUGUAUCGUGAGCUAGGGUUGGCCGGAGCUCUGGAAGAGCUGGUGGUGGCUUUGAGAGAGUCGAGCCAGGGUUCAGAAGCUCGUUCCGUGGUUCACUGCUCGUUGAUAAGGAUGUACGCGGACAGGGAUAGAUUGGACGACGUUGAGUACUGCGUUGGGCGGAUGCUGAAGCAUGGCGUCUCGUUUGGCUGCGACGAGGAUGUUGAGAAGGUGAUAUGUUGCUAUUUCAGGAGGGAGGCUUAUGAUCGGCUCGACAUGUUUUUGGAGCGUGUGAAGCAUUCGUGUAAGCUCACGAGAUCGACUUAUGAUCUGCUCGGAGCUGGCUACCGGCGUGCAGGCCUGUCGGAGAAGAUGAACGCCGUGGCGAGUGAGAUGAAACGUGCCGGUUUCGUUUAGUUUUUGAGCGAAGCAGAAACUACGAUUAGGUAAAGAAUUCGUGAUACUCCCUUCGUCCAUAUGAAAUUUGACACAUUGUGGGCGGCACGAGUUUUAAUAAAGCGUGCGUGAAGUUGUAAGUCGAGUAAGCGUCUUACUUUAAAUGUGAGUAGAGUCGUGUGCACCUUACUGUUAUAAGUGGAAGUGACAAAUUUUGUGUGGACGGACUAAAACGGAAACUGUGACAAAUUUUGUCUUGGAUGGUAGGAGUAGCUUUUAUUGGGAGAAAUUGAUGGGAGUUAUUUACAUUCACAAGUUGAACUAUAUAUGAUCUGCUCUAGUUGAAUUUCCACAUUUGUUCUGACAGGGGAGACGGAGACGGCGGUUACCCCUUCUCCUCUGCCUCGUCUGCAGACAAGAACGAUCUGGACUCGGCCUCGGCCUCCGUUUUGUCUACGGACACAAGCAUGAUUGACUUGGCCUCCGCCUCGUCCGAGGGCAGGAACGACCUACACCAUUCCAUCCAGGGAAGGUCCUCUUCCUGCUGCUCGAUCCACGAGAGGAAGCAGCUGUCCAACAAGCAGAAGAUGUUGACGUAGAGGAGCUGGUACCGGACGGGGACGAAUCGGAAGUUGGCGAUCUGGAUGAACGGCCACAGCGUCACCUCUAGGAUGACGGCCGGAAUGAAGUCGCGCAUCAACUCCUCCUUCACCUGGGAGACGGAUUUCCCCGAAGAGAACCCCAUGUAGGUGAAGAAGAAGAGCAAGUCCAUCGGCCCGAAGAUCAGCACGUCGAGUGCUACCUUCGUCGCGAUGAAAUGCAACGAAUUCGGGUGUAGCUUCAGCUGCAGCCUGAUGAAGCUAUCCAGCCAAUCGUACCUGCGUUUCCAAGAAAAAAAAUUUAGACCUAAAAUUGUUCGACUUUCGAGUCUAAAAUCAGUCCAAACAUCCAUACAAUUCGUGUGUAAAAUGCAAAGUUUAUGAGACAGUCUCACGUAAGUUUUUGUGACGAAAGAUAUUCCGUCUUAAAAAUCUCAAUUUAUGAGGAAGAUUGUGACGAAA